AUGCCCUUGUCAAGGACCCUUUCAAGAUCCGAUUCUUGUGUUGACAUUGACUUUACAUUGCGCCGUAUAUUCAAAAAAACCUCAUUCAGGCCCUUACAGCGAGAGGUUAUCGUUGCUGCACUGGAUGGACACGAUGUUUUCAUUCAGGCUGCCACUUCAUUUGGGAAAAGCUUAUGUUUCCAACUGCCUGCAGUGAUCGAUCAAGGGAUAACCAUUGUUAUCUCGCCAUUACUUUCAUUAAUGUCUGCAGGAAUCGUAGCGGGUACAAUUAAUGGAAAUACAGCUUGGCCCGAACGACAACGACUCCUUGCAGACCUUGAAUCUGGUCACCCCCUAACAAGACUUUUGUAUGUGACUCCUGAGUAUUGCUCUACAGACAACUUCCGCAAACAUCUUCGCACUGUGCAUGAACAGCGAGAGCUUGCUAGGAUUGCCGUUGAUGAAGCACAUUGUAUUAGCGAAUGGGGCCAUGACUUUAGAAAGUCCUUUAAGAAUCUCUCCUGGUUCCGAGAGACAUUUCCUGAUAUACCAAUUAUUUGUUUAACGGCAACAGCUACGGAUCAAGUACGGCAAGAUGUUAUAGGCACUAUGGGUCUCUCAGAAACAAAUUUGAAGGUUUUCAGAAUGUCAACGAACCGCGAGAACCUUCAUUAUGAAGUGAGAUUCAAAUCAGAUGAAUCAGACUAUUUCAAUGAUUUCUUACAUUGGCUCAAGGGUGUUCACAGAAAUCGAAUGGAAACCCCAGAACGUCGGGCCGAACUGGAACAGAAGCGUGAACGCUUGGAUAAUGUGUCAGGAAUUAUCUACACUCUUUUUAGGCAAGAUUGUGAGAAUCUCGCGUCUAGAUUGAGACAUAGCGGAAUAGGGGCCAGAGCCUACCAUGCCGGACUCACUCACGAAGAAAAGACCGAAACAUUAAAUCGAUGGAUCAAUAAUGAUAAGGGCUAUGACGUGAUAGUUGCGACAACCGCCUUUGGCAUGGGCAUAGACAAGGAAAAUGUACGGUUUGUUAUUCAUUGGCAAAUUCCAAAAUCUUUCGAAGGCUUCUAUCAAGAGGCUGGACGAGCCGGAAGGGAUGGAAAGGCCAGCAUACAUAUUAUGUAUUACAGCCGCGAAGAUCGUGACCGAGCAUACAACAGAGUUUCUCGAGAUGCCAAAGAAAGAGUCAAUCUAGAAGCUAGGAUUAAUAGCUUGAGAGCUUUGGUUUCAUACUGCGAAGAAACUGAUGAAUGUCGACACAAGCUGAUCUGCAAAUACUUCGGAGAGAACGAAGUGCCUGCUUGUAAUUACGCUUGUGAUUGGCACAAAGAUGUGAAAGCUUUGAAGAGAGCAAAGCUCAACAAUUUGAUGACUGAAGAAUUUGUUAGCACACAAAGAGAACAAGGCCGCUUCGACAAUGGAUAUGAUGAGUAUGAUUGA